AUGUCAAUCAUCAAAUUAGGCUAUACUAUGCUAAUAGUCGCAUUCCUGUUAAUGAUAUGGGCGUCACUAUCAGGAGCUUUAGAAUUACACGUAGAUACGGGACACCCACCAUGCUUAUUCCAAGCCCUUUGCACCUGCUCCAAGCCCGCUGGGGACCUGGGAAUUGUGACCUGUAAUUACGUACCGAUCCUGAAAGUCCCGUCCGCUGUGAAUAACUCCAAGGUCUUCACACUGCAGCUCACUGGGAAUAGGAUCAAGGAUCUGGAGCCCCAGUUCUUUCAAGCAACAGGGCUUUAUCGAUUGGCGAUAAAUGAAAAUCCACUAGAGUCGAUUCACGAAGAAGCUUUCUAUGGUCUGGACAACACAUUAUGGGAACUGGAACUGAAGCAGGACAGAUUGGCGGCAGUGCCGAGCCGAGCGCUGAGGUAUCUGCAGAAGCUUCGCUUGCUGGACCUCUCGGGCAAUGAAAUAACCGAUAUCUCUGGAGAUAACUGGCGUGGCUUAGAGAACACACUGCACACGUUGAUAUUGUCUGACAAUUCCAUCUCGACUAUACCACUUGACGCGUUUUCUGGUCUUCCAAUGCUGGACACCCUGGACUUGAGGGGCAACCAUCUAUCUGUUAUUGAUAGUGGUGUCUUCCGUGAUGGAAUGCAUCGAUUGAAUAAGCUCCUUCUAGGCAACAACCAACUGACUCUGAUUCCGUACGAGGAACUGUCACCGCUGCGUCAGCUUCGUUACUUGGAUCUUUCUAAGAAUUUGAUAAAGCAAGUUCCGCCCGCCCAUGAGCUGAACGGCAUUACUUUAUCUCUUGAUACUUUGAGACUGGACAAUAACAUCAUCAGAAUACUUCUGCCGGGUUCGUUUAAAUACUUCAACGUGUUGAAUACGACAUCCCUGGACGGGAAUCCAAUAUAUACUAUAAGAGAAGACGCAUUCCGCAAUGCUAAAAUUCGUUCUCUCUCCUUACGGGACUGCGGGGUGACAGAGUUAUCACCUGCAUCCUUCGCUGGAUUGGAAAACACACUGCAGAACUUGGACUUAUCGGAAAACAACCUCACAAUGAUCUCAAAAUUCAUGCUGAACAAAUUGGACUCACUGAGAUUCCUUAAUCUAAGGGAGAAUAAGGUGGACACCAACCUCCUAUCGACCGGCAACCCCUCAGACUUCUCAGUGACAUCAGUGAAUAACUUUCAAUACAAACUCUUCUAUUUGGACAUAAGUGGAUCGUCGCCAAUUGAAAUGAGCCUGCAGGAUAUACGAAGAAUGCGCUCUCUCCGAUACCUAGCAGUGAGUAAGCUUAUCCGUCGCAGCAUCAGUUCAGAAGACUUCAUCGAAUAUGGUUUAGAGCUGGAAGACCUUAAAAUAUUCGGAAGCACAAUCACGAAAAUUGAGGCCAGUGCUUUCCAGCACGUUAGGACGAUCAAAACCCUGGACUUAUCUGAAAACGAAAUCGACUUUAUCGACCCAUUUGCUUUUGCAGAGCUACACAGCCUUACAACCUUGAAAAUAGCGAACGGAUUAGCAGAUUCCGUAAAAAUUCUACCUUUUGAGCCACUUAAAGCGCUAAACGAGUUGCAGCAUUUGGACUUGAGUAAUAACAAACUGAAAAAUGUUCCCGACACAUCCUUCCAUUUUCUUUACAACGUAAGGACACUGAAUCUUCAAGACAACCUUAUCGAACAAUUUUCUAAGGGAACUUUGCAGGGUGACAUCCACCGACAAUUACAAGGCAUAUACCUAUCAUUUAACAAAAUGACGAAAAUCGUUCAGCACACUUUCGUAGAUCUUAGAGAACUUCAGGAGAUACAAAUCGAAGACAACUUAAUAGAUACAAUUGAAAGACGAGCAUUUAUGAGCGUUGAUAACUUGAAGGUGAUCAGGCUCCAGGGUAACAGGCUUAGAGAUAUUAGCGAAGAAGCCUUCCAAAAUCUACCUGCUUUGAAAGAGUUAGACAUAUCUUUCAACCGCCUAGAAAUGUUUAAGUUCUCGAUAUUCGAUCAAGUCGGUUCUGCAACUGCCCUUAAAGUGAACGCAUCCUUCAACCAAAUAGUGUCGCUGACUGAUUCCAAUGCACGAUUCGGCUUCGGUUCAUCCAACUUCUACCCACCUCCUAAACCGCAAAGUCUCGGAACAGUAUCAGUUAAUAUAAGAGUAUUGGACUUCUCUCACAACAAUAUCUCCUACAUUGCUCCUUAUUACUUUAGGCAUGCUGACCUAACGUUAUCUGAAUUGCAUCUGUCACAUAACCAAAUAAAAAAUAUUACAAGGGAAGUGUUUGGAUCUAUGCUAAUGUUACAAUACCUUGAUUUGUCUCAUAACCAAAUAUUCCAUAUGGAAUACGAUUGUUUUAAAAAAGUCAAGAAUUUACAGAUUUUGAAUCUAUCACAUAACCAUUUGACUGAACUUCCGGUUGAAGUAUUCCACGAUAUGCAAAUGUUGACCUCAGUUGAUCUUUCCCAUAAUCGAAUUCGGAAUCUGGCUGACAAUCUCAUUUUGUCAGCGAAUUUAGAAAGGUUGGACUUAUCAAACAAUGACUUAUCAAGGAUGCCAACGAACGCAUUAUCACCAGGUGCCGCUUCAAAUCUUGUGGAACUAGAUCUUAGCAGCAACACGGUACCUGCUGUAGCCAUUCCCGACUUGGUCCAACGAUUUAGGAACUCCGAGGCCGGCGAGUUUUGGCCCGAGGAAAACGACUACAACGAUGAUUACAUGUACCACACCGCUAGGCGAGACCAAUCCAGAGUCUUCCACCAUAAAAAGCAAUAUCCGCAGAACAUAUUCUACAAGUCUUUGGCAUGGUUAGAUCUAUCCAAUAAUCAUUUGGUAAGAAUUGAGAGUGGCGCGUUCGGCGCGUUACCAAAACUUCGUUGGUUGGAUCUGAGCAACAACUUGCCGUUUAACGGUGAUCGGAGUGGAAACAUUUUCAAAGGACUGGAGAGGAAAUUGUCUUAUUUGGGACUAAAGAAUGUCAGCUUGCAAGUUAUACCAUCACUUCCACUUCCGAAGUUGAAAACUCUGGACCUAUCGUACAACAAUCUGCACUCAAUCCCAACAGACACAACUGCCAAUUUGACGCGUCUAAGAGCACUCGACUUAUCAUACAACGACCUAACUAAAGUGCCCGUGGCAACGCAUUCGCUAAGCGAUCUUCGCUGGUUAUCAUUAUCGGGCAACCCAAUCACAGCCCUCAUGAACACCAGUUUGUAUGGACUAUCACCACGGCUGGAAUACCUUGAUGUUACCAGACUUCGUCUAAGUAUUUUAGAGUAUGGCGUCUUUAGCAAAAUGUAUGGAUUGAGAACUCUAAAGAUUUCUGUGAACGGAAACGUGAGGGACUUCAGUAUCCCUAAAAUGACCUCACAGAACGCCGCGUUAGAGAAUUUGUUCUUGUCAGUCGAAAACUCACAAAUCGAUUUAGGAAACGAGAUGAAAGGCGAGCUGCCAUGCAAACUGGAUAACAUUACACUAACUGGCCGAGAGUUGAAGUUCCUCUCACAGAACCUUCUUAAUGGCGCAUGCUCCAGAGAGAUGAGGCUAACAAUUUUCAACACCAGCAUUGAGGAUAUAUCGUCUGAAGUAUUCUGGAGGCAUGGUCGUAUCAAGAACUUGUCUUUGGACCUACGGAACAAUCAGCUGAAGAGAUUACCAAACCCAGCUCGGAAGGAGUGGCCUGGAGUUCCUAACGACCUCUUUCUCGAUGACAUCCUUGUGGCCAGCAAUCCUCUUGUCUGUGAUUGUGGAAUAGGCUGGAUACAAGCUUGGGAUCGCAAACGACGCCAGUAUCUUUGUGACAAUCCAUCUAGUUGCGACGCAUUAGACGACGUAAGACUCGCUACUUGUCCCUCCUAUCAGAACAGAACAUUGAGUGAUAUAAUUUCUAAAGAGCUGGACUGCAGCUGGAGCAAGGGGUACAGCAUUGUGUCAAACAUCAUGACUGUUCUCGGUGUGGUCGUCGCCUUCUUUGUCAUUUGA